UCAGUUUUAAAACUCCUGAGACAACGGAUGAUCUCAUUGCUCAGCGCCUUCAACUACUCGAGUCAAUCCACCGAUUUAACAAAUCAAGAAACUUGCGCAAAGCCAUAACGAAAGAUAAAAGCGUGCCUAACUUUGAUGAAGAAUUAUUGCACCAGCUAGCUAUCAAGAACUUUAAUAACAAGCAGAAUCCCGUGGAUGUGUUAGAGAAAAUCCAGACUCAUAAUCUUGAUGCCAAUAGCUGUGAUGGACCUGUAACAGCUGAAGGCGAUGCAGAGGUAACACCUUUGAGAAAGAGGGAAGUACAUCGGAGUCACACUAUUAGUGUGGCACUUUCAACAGCAGAUAGCAGUGACUUCUACAGUUUGCCCAGAGAUGCAAGUGCUGCUUCCACUGACAGCUGUCCGGAGGAUUGAUGCUCUAAAACAAGUUGAAUAAGGAAAUCUGGGUGCCUUACACAAGGAACACGACACGAUUCAGGCAGAGCGGUUUUCCCAUUCAGCAUUGAAGAGGCUUCUUGAGAUCAAGGUUUUCAAAAUUACAUUGGACGUUCAGCAGGAAGAGAAGCUUCCCCCUCUGACUUGGCAUGGAGUUUGCACUUCUGGAGAUGGACACUCCUGUUUAUUUUGGAAUGAAUCAUUAAAAUAUCGUAUAGUAGAUCUAUAUUUAAAAAAAAAACUAGAAAUGUAUUGAGAUGUCAGAAUUUAUAUUCUAUAGUAUUGCACUCUCUAAUCAAUUUUAGUAAUAAUAGAUAUGUGAGAGCAAAACUUUUUAUGGCAUUUUGAAGGACUGUUCUAUUUUUAUUCUGAAAAAGCAGUGGGUUUUAGUUGAACUGCUGAUUGAUGGAAUGCUUACAGUAUUCAGUAUGAGGUGUGUUUAAAAGUUAAGAGAGGCAAAAUUGUGUAGCUCGUUUAGUGCUCACUGAAUUGAUUGCAACGGGAAAUUAAGAGUAAAAGGUACAUUAUAUCUUGCUGAAGAGACUAGACACCUAAUUAAAAAAAGAAUUUCCUCUGUGAGCAGAGUUGAAACUUCUACUCAGAACAUGUUCGUAUUAUAUGAAAUGCCUACAUAACUGAGCAGCCCAACCGCAUUUGCUAUUUAAAAUUACGUAUUUGUGGCACAGAAAACGGGCCUACUUAAGAUGAGCCUAGUUAAGCAGAGCACAUCUGAUAAUAAGUUGCAAUUUUUGAAAAGCAGCUUCAUUGCCCUUACUUUCAAAGGCACUUCCAGCUAGUCUGUUGUGCACUUUUAGAAAUGGAAUGUCAACUUUAGGUGAACAUUCAAUUAUGGUGAAUAGCGCAAUAAUUUCAUUUCAUAUUUUGUGUUUAUAUAAUGUUUGUAUACAAAAUGGUGUGCUUUUUAAAUUGGUUUAAUAUGUCUUAAUAACUUGUUUUAGGUAGUAAGGUUGUCUUAAAAAUUUCUCUGUACAUUAAUAUACGGUUUAAAAACUGAGCUUUAGCUUGCUGCUGAAAAAGUUUUUAUUUUUCUACCAAGUAAUUCACCUAAUCUUCAUAUGUGCCUUGGACUUGUGCCAAAUAUUGUAAACUAAAGUAGUAAAAUUAACAGUUCUGUGUU